AUGGACAGUCGAUGGCUACCCCAGAAUUGGCUCGCAAAAAGCAGGUAUCUUCAAGUGAGCCCCUCCGAAGCAGAAUUAGACCAUGAUGUGGAAGAGAAGCCCCGGUCAGUAGAGGCACGACAACCCAGUCUUUUAUGGCGAGUCACGCCCUGGGUACUUCAUUGUGUGUUACUGUUGAUUUCAGUCGCUGCUCUCUUCCGCGCGAUUCAGGUAAGACAGCAGACACUGGGUCCUGCAUUCACCCAAGAGUACGCGACGGCCGUCAAUGAGUGCGGCGUCAGAAAGCCUCACCAAUUCUCAGGCGAAUUCGGAGCCCAUUCCGCCUGGCGAGGCGAACCGAAUGCGACUGUGGAUACAGCAUGGGAUGAACUGGAUUUGACUUCAGCUAUGUCUGUAUCCCGAGACGAGAUUGAGAGAGUCGGCAAGCUUAGGGAUAGCUCCGUAAUCUUGGAUGACGGGGGUUAUAUGGCGAGCAUUGGAGCGUUCCACCAGAUACAUUGCUUGAAUGUGCUUCGCAAAUACACAUAUCUAGAUUAUUACAAGGUCAAGGAGCCCGAGUUCUUCACCUCACCGACCGUGAGGAAACACACUGAUCACUGCAUCGAGAUGCUGCGACAACUGCUCAUGUGCUCGGCAGAUCUACAUCUGAUCACCUAUGACUGGGUAGAUGGGUGGGAUUACCCCUGGCCAGACUUCAGCGAGAAUCAUUUCUGCCGUGAUUAUGAGGGAGUGCAUUCCUGGGGAAAGUCCCAUCUGGCGAAGUCUGACGCUCCAGGAGGAUUAAUUCUCAAACCCGUUGAUGCCGUUACUCGGAAGCUGCCGCCGGAUUAA